GCUACCUCGCAGCAUGGGUCACAUUAGUUGCACACCGGAACGGAGAUCCUAACCCCAAGCCGUUAGCUUGAUGAGAUAGGCAACAAGCUCAGGAAGUCAUAAUUAAUAUUAGCCGGUACACCAGCUCAUAAGCAGCUAGAGUUAAGGUAUACAACUUUGCGUCGUCACAUGUAUGCUUGACGCAUCAGGCGAAAGAAGCCAGUGCUGGCUGGUCAGGCUAAGCUGACGGCCUGACAAACAAAUGGACCAGAUGACUCGCUUGAUUGUUCAGGGAGGCCUGAUGUUUGUCUCUGCUGCGGACUCUUUCGGCCGAGAAUUUGGGCCUCGGCUCGCGGGCCUAUCAUACAACGCUGCGCUGGCGGUCAUUAAUGAGUACCUGGGAGCCGAAGCAUGCGCCGGGGCUGUCUACGUGGUGGACCUCAUACACCUGCUCAGGCUGGGGCCCGGGCUCCGAGAUCUGCAGCAGCAGGAGCACCUGGAGGAACCUCCAAAUCAGCACCCACAGUUGCCACCACCACCCCAGCAGCAGCUACAGCCGCCUCAAGAGCAGCUGCAGGGCAACACAUGCACCGCCCGCCUAGCACUUCCAUGGCAAGACACUGCCCACGAAGUUGGGAACGGCGGGUCUACGCAGGCAGCAGCUGCAAGCAGUAGUGGCGGUGGAGGCUACAGCGGCGCGGAGGCUUCUGGUAGUGGUACCGGUAGUGGUGUUGCUGCUGGUGCUGAUGGCAGCAGGGCUGAUAGGGGGAAUGGUGGCCUUACGAGCAGCGGCUGCGACGGCAUCGGCUGCACCGCUGUCGCUGCCGCUGUAAAUGCGCAGAAUGGCAGCAGCGACGACAAUGAUGGGAUGUUCCCGGAAGAACGCUUUGAGGCGCGAGCUGUGGGGGAUCAAGACACGGCAGCGGGAACCGCAAGCAGCGCUGCGCUGCUAUUUGCUGCGCUUGUGCUGUCGGAUUGCGGCCGGGCAGUACCCAAGUUAAUUAGGCACCUCUUGGAAUGCUGCGAGGGCGGCCAUGGCGUCAUGUACGACAGCAGCAGCAAUGAGCGUGCCGUACGGCCGCGGCUGGAGCGAGUUGUCGUACAAGAGUACCUGACUGCAAUCGCCGACCUCUGUACGCAGCCUGAGUGUGCUGCAGAGCUGUCACCGCUCCGGAAUGCCAUUCUUGGGGAGCUACAGGCGUACGACUUGAACCACCAGGGCCCGGUGCCGUACAACCCGCCUCCAAGCGCCGGUCAGGUCCGCAUCCCGGCUUCCCUGCUGGGCGGUUUGGUCCUCUCCCGCGAGCAACAAGCCAUCACAGAGGCUGUGAGCCGCCUCAAGGGUUCUGAGGUGCUCAGUGUGCAAGCAUUCGCCGGCACCGCCAAGACCACCACCGCCCGAGCCAUCGUGGCCUCCCAACGCCGCAAGCACGUCCUAUACCUUGUUUAUAACAAGGAUAUGAGGGUAGGUGGUGUGCAGCAACGUCAGGGAUCAGGAAGUUUUUCGCAUGCGUGUGAAGUCAAAGGUGUAAGGUGACCGUUAUUCAGCUCCUUCCAUUACAGUUGCAGCUGUGAGGUUAUGCUUGCCCGACUCGCAACGAAUGCUAUUCUGGACCAUAAUUCCUUGUACCAAUGUACGACACGGUUGCCGAAAACUAGGCCCAGCAGCCUAGUGCGUUUUGCUGGUGGCCCUAUGCCGGCGCGUUAAGAUCCCUGCCGCCAGGCCUUGCUUACCAUGCAUGCCUGCAUGCACACAGCGCCGUCCUGUCCUCUCCCUCAGCGGCAUGUAAGUUCCCUACCAUUUAAUUACCACCCCGUCUACCGUCAUGUGCAAACGCGUUCAGGAGUAUGCCAUGCAGGCGAUGGAUAAGGACAUAGAAGCUAUUCCGAGCCCCCACUUCCGCAACGGAAACUAUGACGUGCACACCACACACAGCCUGGUGCGCAAGGCUAUGGAUUACCGGGCUCACUUCGACGAACGACGCAGCAACAACGAUCUGCCGAUCUCCGCGGUCCGUGCCUUCCUUGUACAGCAUUGGGUUCCCAGCUCGCCCAAGGACAUUCGCUAUGUGGUGGCAGAAACGGUGCGGUCGGCGUUGGACCGCUACAUGGCAUCGGCGGAUGAGCAGCUGUCGAUAAAGCACUUUAGCAGCAAGGCACUCUUGAAGAUAGCCGAGCCCAUGCGGGAACUCCUAGCCAAGCGCGCAGCAGCACCGGCUGCAGCAGCACCAGCAGCGGCUGCCGCCAGCCCUGCUAACAUCCAAGGCAUGUUGGUGGCAGCGGCGCAGCAGCUUUGGAUUGAGGUGACUGCUGGCCGGCACGAGCUGCCGCUGCCGCACAACGCCUACCUCAAGUGGUUCGUGCUGCAGAAACCCAAGUUGCGCACGUUCAAGAACCGGCCGUACGACCUGAUCAUCGUGGACGAGGCGCAGGACCUGAACGCCGUCACCACGCAGCUGGUGAUGGACCUGCAGGAGGAGGUUCCCCUGGUGCUGCUAGGCGACAAGCGCCAGCAGCUUUACGCCUUCAAUUACGCGUGUGGACUCAUGUCGGGGCGCAUCCGCAUUACCCGUCCCGUCAUCGAGCUGUGCCUACGACACUCCUACCGCUUUGGGAUCGAAAUUGCGGCUGCCAUCAACGCAAUUCUCAAGGCGGCUUUUGAUGAACAGGACUUCCUCGUCGGUCACGAGGAGCAACAGGAGAGCGACCCACGGGUCCACCCAGGCGUUGUGUACUGCCUGCUGCCCCAAGACCGCGACCUCACCAACGUCACCCUGGAAGACAUCUUCCCGCCGAGGGCACAACAGGCGCAGCAGCCGCAAGUGCAGCCAGAGCAGCAACCAGCAGAGCAGCCGCAGGGGCAGAGCCAGGUACAAGGGCAAGAGCAGCUAAUGGCGGAACCGCAACCGCCGUCGCCGCCUCAGCAGCUGGCUGCCGUGCCAGGAACGGAAGCAGGAUGCGAGCAGCGAAGAGACGGCGGCACAGCCAGCAGCACCGGUGCCAGCAGUGACGCCAGCAGCAGCGGUAACAACGCAGCAGCUGGUCAUCAGAAUGACAACCAAGAUGGUGCUGAUGGUCACAGCGACGGUACCGGUAACGACGGCAGCAGUGGGGUUGACCCUGGCGACGACCCCAGUGGUGGCGAUGCGGCUGCCGGUGCUGCAGCCCCGCGGCGCCCCUUCCGCUUCCUGCAGUGCCCCAUUCGCGGGCUGCAGCCGGAUGGGGGCUUCCCGCUGGAGCUCAGCAUGACGUCGCCCUUCCCUGGAGCCGGCGUGGCGGUGCUGCCUGCCAGUCUGCUGCUGCCCGGUGCCCCCCGGCCCCGUGUGACCCUGGUAGCCCGCCGCAACGCCACCCUGGUGCUGCUGGCGCUGCAGCUGGUGACGGCGGGACACACCGUGUGCGCCUCGUUUCAGCAGGAGGAGGAGGAGCAGGAGGGAGGCAGGCAGGGGCGGGGGUUUGGACAGCAGGGGUGGCGACGGCAAGGUCAAGGCGCCAACCAGGGAAGCGGCAGGCGGCGGAGGACGGCGCCGAUUCUGCAGCGCAUGGCGGACGUGUACGAGUUCAUGUAUCACGGGAAGCGUUUCGGAAACGGUUCAGGUCCCCACGUGUUGAGCGGCAUCGAGACAUCGGAGGAGCUGUUGGAGCUGGUGGACAGCGGGGCAGACAUGGAGCUGUGCGGGGCGUACCAAGUGGUACGGCAGCUGAUGGCUCGUGACCCCGCCUGCAACGUAACCGAGCAGGUUGCAAGGCUCACAUCUGAACUGGUGGACCGUCCCUGCGCCGCUGACUACCACUUGACCACUGCGCACAAGAUGAAGGGGCGCGAGGCGGCCGUGGUGCAGCUGGCGGAGGACUUUGUGGAGCUGAGCCCCACCGAGGAGGGCGGCAAGCGGAAGCUGCAGCGCUGCCGCGAGGAGCCCAUGCUUGUGGACGAGCUCAACGCCAUCUACGUGGCAGUCAGCCGCGCCAAGAGCGUGCUGCUGCUGAACAGGGACCUGUCGCGGCUGCUGCUGGGGCUGCACCAGCGGCACAUGCAGCUGCGCAUGGUGGCACAGCAACAGCGGCCUGCUGCUGUUCAGGAAGCUACUGGCACUGCUGCCGCUGCUGCGGCAGUUGCUGCUGACACUGCCGCUGUCGCAGGCACGCCUCCGCGGCAAGUGCGUUCCGCAUUCGCUCCUAGUCCUGAUGCCGGUGGUAGCUGCGGAGGCCUGCUGAUGAGCGGCGUUCAGGCAUCAACCCCACCUAGCACGGCCCUUCCCACUCUUCCAGCUGCCGCCACUAUGGAUGCAGAUGCUGGUUGGGAUGCUGUGACGGCAGCGGCAGUACCAGCAGCUACGGCAAGUAUGAUCGUCACGAAGCGUACGACAGACCCCAUGGAGGAGGAGCCGCAAAGACGCACUCAGGUGCCCACAGCCCAAGAUCACAGCAUGGCUGAGGUCCCUGAGGAGAAGCGCGGCAGCAGGGAGGAGCAGCAGCGCAACCCAGGAGGAGAGCUAGCAGAAGCAGAAGCCCCUGGCACCGCUGCGGGGCUGUCAGCGCAGCAAGGUGCGGAAGGCUCUUACGCUGGAAAACGCCGGGUGUGUGACGGCGAGGUGGGAGCAGAAGGGCUGAGCCAGCACGUCACUAAGGCGCAGCGAUGUGAGGGCUCCGCGGGAGGCCCGUCUUGCGCAGUGAACCGCAUGAUUGCUGGUGACGUAGGAAACUCGGAGGGGCCGGUGCAGGCGGAGCAGUCUGUCGCCGGGGCGGAAGCAGCUGCAGAAGCGGGGAUGGGGCCGGCGGCUGUGGAAGAGUUGCAAGCGGCGGACGGCGAGCAUGGGACGAUUGGGCGGUCCUGUUCAACCGGUAGCUCCAGCGGGAGCGAGGGGAGUGCAGUUGGAGCGGAGCCCGAAGGGGUGGAUGGAGUCGACACGGAUGCGGAUACGGAUGCAGGUCCUGCAGCCGUGGUAGCAGUAGCGGUAGCGGGGGCUGCUGCCCCUGCGGCCGCUGCUCCUGAUGCUGCAGCUGUAGACGCGGUUCUGGAGUGUUGUGUUGUGUGCAAGAUGCAUCUGGUUCGUAUUGACGGAGGUGAUGCCGGCAUCCGACCUGGGGUCAGCGGGGCUCGACCCCGGGUGCUGUGGCGGGGCAGGCCGGUGUGUUUUGCGUGCAGCCGGGGCUCUGUGUUGGGUCAGGUGGUGGACCUGGCGCUGAGAUACCCGGCAGCAGCAGCAGACGUGGAGGAGGCUGAGGAGCCGGGAGCUGCUGGUGCAGCAGCAGGUGAUGAGUGAAAGAGUGUAGAGCUGGAGCUAUCUGCUGGAUGACGGAUUGUUGUAAUGGUGCGCAAGAUAAGACGGCAUGGCUGUAUGGGAUGUGGUUCAGCAAGGGUUGGCAUGUCUGCUUCCGCAACUGUCAUGGUCUGUCUGGCGCAUGCAGAUGCGCUAAAGCAUGGGGGACUCACCCGUUUGGCGUUUACUGUUAGGCAAUUAGACAUGCAAAUGCGCUAUGGUGUGAAUCCAAUGUGCUACAUUUAUGAGGUUUGAACUAAUAUUGUACGUAUUCCUAACACGACAGUUUAAACCGCACAAGAAAUUGUGUUGACUGAAUGUUGGCUGCUAAUGCAUGGCGGCACACGCCCGACGGCUUACUAAGAUACCUACUGCGCGCCCUUCAUGCCAUAUUAUAGGCAGUCCACGCUUCAUUGUAUACGCUUCAGUUAGACUGUGGUGGCACCAAAGAAGCCAAUGCGGCCCACCUACAAGCGCGAACGGCAAGCCGUACACGCGGCGGUUCACUAGCCAUUUGGAGAUUUGAUCACGCUAAGUUCCAUUAAUAAGGAAAUUAAAAUAGCCAAGUAACGUUAUGUCAUCUGCUAUGUUUAAUCCACAGGAUAUCAAUGGGUCCAGCGCCUCGUCGACUUCGGUCGUACGAUAGGGGCAAGCCGUGUUAUGCUGAGCGUACUAUGCCACUUACGUAAAGAUUAUCUUCUAUGCGUAUAAGGCUCUGGUCGAGUUGUCUGUAGCAACGUGCCGGCGUUACAUGGUCACCAUGUUUACCGAGACCCACAUGCCAGCGCUCGUAUGGCGUCUUCUUAGUAUUAAGGCACUUACGGUAGCUAGAUAGCAGCUUGGCUGGAUUGAGCCACGUAUUACACCUCAUAUCCACCCGCUGCUUCUCCUCCACCUCCCUGUUCAGUGUGCGCCGGGGCUGUGUACCUGGUGGGCCUCAUACCCCUGCUUGCGCUCGAGCCCGGACAGGGAGGUCUGCAGCAGCAACAGCAGCGACAGCAGCAUGACACGGGGCACGAAGCCGCAUGUGGCCAGUCGACACAGGCAGCAGCUGCCAGCAGUGGGUAUGGCAGUGGGGGCAGCAGCGGCGCGGGGGCUUCAGGAGGUAGUAGCGGUGAUGGUGUUGCUGGGAGCAGCAGUAGCAGCAGCAUGAAGAGCAGCAGCAACAACAGCGGUGCCGACAGCAGAAGUGGCCACAACAGCAGUCGCGACAACGGCAGCAGCAGUAGCGGCGAGGGCAGCAGCGGAACAAAUGGCAGUAAUGGCGCGGGAACCGCAAGCGGCGCUGCGCUGCUGUUUGCUGCGCUUGGG